AUGGCUGUAAUCAAAUCAGACUUCACUUGAUCCGGCGCUGCGAGAUUACAAACACUGCGAGUCCAGAUUCCCGAUACUAGUCGAGGAGCUUUCCUAGGGAUUUUGCUUCCCUCAACAGAUCGACUGAGUGAGUGAGUGAGAGAGAGUGUUUCGGUUCGGGAGAAUUGGAGAUUGAGAUCGGAAUACUCAGCUAUGUCGAGCAUGGAGAGUCAACAGAACGCCGAGGCUGUGAACUACGCCAAGCAGCAGUUGGAAUCGCAGGCGAAAGAGACUCAGGACAAGAUGGGAGGACCUGAGAACAGCUCGGUUGUCACUGCGCAGGUCGUUGUGCCAUCGGAUGUCGGGAAGAAGGCCCAAGAGAAAAUGGCAUACCUAGAAGGUGAAAAUGAGAAACUUAAGAAGUCUCUCAAGGACUGCGAAGAAGCGCUUGCCAUGGCUAACCAUGAAACCGAGAAGUCCAACAAAGUAGCACGCGAAGCGAAGUCUAGGAUAUCUGAGCUGGAAGCUCGCGUCAAGGAUCUGGAAGGAGAGGUUCAAGGUGCCGGUGCCAAGGCCGCUGAGCUAGAGCUUCAAUUGAAGAAGGCAGAUGAGAAGUAUACCGAAGCUGAGAAGAAGAUGAAAGAAUACCAAGCCAAGCUUGGAGAAUUGGAGCAAACGAACGUGAAAUAUGAGAAGGAUUUGGAGGGUGUGCACACUGGCUUACAAGACAGGGAGAUGAAGAUUGAGGACAUGAGUCAGAAGCUGGCUGAUAAGGAAUCCGCUCUUCAAGGGAAAGAAGCCAAAGUUGGCGAUCUUGCUAAUAAGGCUGAUGAAUUCAAGUCCCGCGCAAUUCCAGCUGAGGAGAAGGCCUCCGAGCUCGACUCAGUUGCCGGAGACCUCGAAUCGAAGGCUCAAAGUGCGGAGUCAAAGCUGACUGAGGUUGGUGAGGAAAAGGAGAAGUCCAUAGUCUCCGUUGAAGAGUACAAGGAGGAGCUGAGGAAGUCUGUUGAACGCUCCAACAUGUUGGCUGAUGCACUUGCCAAUGAGAAGGAAAAGACUGGCACUCUCAGGGCUGAGAUUGAGAAUUUGAAGAAGAAGUACGAUGCCAAUGCUGGUCAUGGACGUGUGUUGGCUGAGCGCAUCGCUGAGCUUGAAAAAAUCAUUGGUCAAACUGAGGCGGAAGUUGGUGAGGUUGAAUCUGACAAGAAGGAGUUGGAAUCUGAGGUGGCAACUGAAGAGAAGAAUAAGGAAACUGCAAGCAAUGAGGCGAAGGAGUUGAAGCAGGAGAAGGGAGGAUUGAUAGACAGCAUUGGUGGCUUAAAGAGUAAGAUGAUGGGAGCAUUCUCUAAAGCUGAGGAGAAGGAAGCCAUCGCAGAGGAGAAGGCAGCUGAGGCUGCUGAGAAAGACGACAAGAUUGACAAUGUUGAAUCGAGCCUAGAGGACGAGGCUGCAAAGGCGCAAGACAAAGCCAACGCUGAGAAGAGUUUGGCUACCGAAUUGGACGCCACUAAAUCUAAGGCUGCUGCUGGUGAGGAGUCUGCUGCCAACCUGCAGGAGAAGGAGGCUGCUCUCGCUGCAAAGGAUGAUGACUUAAAAAAUCACGCCGACCGCCUCACAGAUUUGAGCACUAAGCUGAAGAACUUGCGUUUGGAGCGUGAUGAGGCUGUGCAAAAGGCCGAGGGUGUCGACGAGAAGGUGAAGGCUUUGCAAGACAGAAUCAAGGAGCUUGAGCAGGAAGUUGAGGCCUUGAACAAAAAGAACGCAGAGCUUGAGAGCCAGCUCCAGUCUGUUGGCGUGCAAGUGGAGGAGCACAAGGAAGCCAUCCAGGGCCGUGAGGAUGAAGCUGUCAAGAAGGCUGAGAAAGCAGCUCAGUUGCAGGAGGAGGUGAAAGAGACUGAGCAGGACAUCAAGAGUGAUGACAAGAAGUUCGUGCAGGAUGUGAAUACCACCACAACCACCACAACUGAAGCAUAAAUUUCGAGGUCAUGAUGUCUCAAUUAUUCUGUAACGAAUCCUUAACCACCGAAGUUGCUAAUCGAAGGGAGCUUAUCGGAUCUUAGACACCUUCACCUCCAGGCAGGGCAACAUAUAAACGAUAGAGCGUAAUUAGAGUGUACAUGAGGUGUUAUGUGUUAGAUAUACUUGUGUUUCUGUCACGGUGUACAUGUGAAUGUACUAUUUUCUCUCCUGUCUCAAGGAUGUGAACAUAUUGUGCAUAUGUAUUUCCAUAACCUAUUGCGCGACUUCACGAGGUCUAGAGGGAGUGCAAAAAUGGAUCUCAUCAAUGUAGUAUUCACUAUGGAUAUUUUCUUUCGGGAACAUCGUCAAAUUCAUCUUGAUUAUUAUCUUAAUAAACUAUCUCAAAUAAAUUAUCUUGCAA